UGUACGUGUUGUGUGCAUGUAACGGGAGGAAUGCGUGUUUAUUUUUAAUUUUUCCGUUCUUAUCCCCCUUUUAAUUAAAAAUUAUGUGAAAAUGUGAGAGAGAAAGUUUCAAAAUUGGCGGGGUGUUUUUUGGAACAAAACAAUUCAAAUCUUAGAUAUGUCGGGCGUUGCGUUUAAUACGACAACUGGAGGAUCAGUUUUUAAUUCCAAUACGAACGCGCCGGGGGGAGUCGAACUGACCGAGAGCGGCGGAAGGGCCUUGAAGUUACAAACCGACGCGCCGCAUCUCGUUAGCCUUGGCGGGGGGCGGUUGAGUACGGCCGUUACGCUGCACCCCAUACCUGCAGGUCGGAUCACCUUAGGAAGUAGUCCUGGAGUGGAUAUUACAGUUCAGGGAACUGGGGUGGAACCUCUUCACUGCCACAUAGAAAACAUAGGGGGCGUUGUCACACUUUACCCACUGUCAGAGCAUACAUCCAUUGAUGGAGUUCCUGUGACAACCCCCACCAGGCUGUUGCAAGGUGUGAUGUUAACGAUAGGUCGCUCAAACUACAUGCGCUUUAAUCACCCGGCCGAAGCUCAAUUAAUGAAAUCCGUGCUGCCAAACGCUCGAAUCUCAAUGGCGCCCAUCCGUUUCGACCUCGAAGCGCAAGAAGAGCAAAAGUACGCGAAGAAACCGCCGACGAUCCCACGCAAAAAUUCCCACGAUCUAAUCGCCGACGACGUAGAGCAGCCGACCAGCAUACAAAUGAAGGUUUCCAAAUUCGAGUACCUCGCGGCGCAAAAUUUCAAAAAAUCAAUCUCGCCCAAGGUGUUCUCCUCGAAUCUCGUCACGGUGAACACCCCCGCCAGGGACGUACUCGGCCGCGCGCCGCCCGACAUCCAGGACUUCGCCAAAAACCUCCACCACUCGGCGGUCAACUACUCGGACUCGAGCUACAACGACAAGCAAAAGAAUAAGACGCCCGACCGGCAGUUCUUCGGGCGCAAGUCACCGCAGUACGCGAACGUGUCGAUUAACGACGGGAAGAGUAUCAACAAUCGGGUGGCCCUGUACGAGAACGGUUGCGUUCCCAAACAUCCCAACGUCUACCUUAACCUGAACAUGGACCAGCAGCCGAAGAACGAGCUGAAUAACAUUAGCAACAAGAGCGUUAACGUUCAGAAACCGAUCAACACGAACCGAGCGGUCGCUCCGCCUUCGGCCGGCCUCGGUCGGAAUCCGUCGCCGAGCUACAACCGAAACCCGCCCCCUUACGUUCGGAGCGUCACCCCGAGCCCGGUGCUAUCGAGUCCGCCCGUGAGUCUGCACAAACGAAGCGGUUCGUUCGACGACGGCGUGCAACGAAAUAAUGAGUCGGAAAUGCGCAGAAAUCAGGCGCAUGUCGAUCGUUUGAAAGAGCAAGAGAUUGAAAAGGCCGAACAGGCCCGUCUCGAAGAAAUUUUGAACAUGUGCGCCGAAUACGAAAGGCAAGUGCAGUGGGAAAAAACCAACAAACCGAUUCCUAACCGCAUUAAAACAAACGGCUCGCUACCACGGGAUAAAAGGCAAUGUCCGCCGAGCCCAUUCGGUUCACCAUCGCCGAAUCACGCGACGCCAUCACCAGGUUCGAAGGAUAGUCCGAUAUUUAAAUUCGACUCCGAUCUACGACCGAAUAACCACAACUACGAAAAUGUGACGAUUAACAAUGCGAGCCCGCGUCUCUACUAUGAAAAUAUUGAGGUUGCUCAUCCGACACCCAACACCUUCAGUCAAUAUGAGAAUAUUACGAUUAGUCACGAAACCAGCAGUCCUUACCCCCACUCUCCUCGGACACGAAUUAAGACCAUCCCAACCGUUAACAGAGAACCCUCCCCGAAGGACGCAGCUCAGCUUAUCGAUACCAAAUUCGCCAUCGUCAACGCCGAACAGUACCUUCUCCAGAACAAAGGCUCCGAAAAUGGGGACAACGUCGACGUGACGACGCGGAAGCCCACACCGACGAAGUUCCUCCACCCCAUCGACAGUUUCCCAUCCUACCACCACGACUCGUACGAUCGCAAGGCGUCCCACGAGAGCGACAGGAGACGAAUGGAAACGCUCAAGCGCGAAAAGCAGGAGAUACUAACGGCGAUGGCGCACAUCAAGCGAAAAAUGGCGGAGAUCGAGCUGCAGGAGGAGGAGUUGAAUCGCGAGCUCGAAAUGGAACGGGCGCUCAUCAUAGGCGAGCACAAGUCGAAGCUGGUCGAAAUCGACGAGCUCGAGAGGCGCAAGCAGAAGCUCGCGGAGGGCGCGCGCGAAAUUGAGCGAAAAAUGGAGGACUGUCAGGUGACGCAAGUCGAGCACCAGGAGAACUGCCGGCGGAAGCUCGAGCACGCUCAGGACAGCAUGGCCAAGGUCGAGGAGCGGCUGAACUCGGUCGCGAAAUCGAGCGACGAGUACCAGGAGAUCUUCGAGGAGUUCCUCUGCGCGCAAGAGGUCCUGGACAACGAGCGGAAAACGUUCGAGGAUCUCGAGUUUCACCACUUGGAGGAGGAGGCCGACUGGUUGGCGAGUCGCGAGGAAAUUCAGCGCGAAAUCGUAGACCUCGGCCAGCGGCUCGACGUACUUAGGACGCAGGUCGGCGAUCUCGAACAGCAGAAGCUCGACGCGAACACGUGCAGCGCGCGCGAGUCGAAAACGCUCGAAAGGCAGCUGAUCAAGUGCGCGCGCAGGCUCGAGGAGCAACGCGGCAAGCUCAAGGCGCUCGAGGCGGAGCUCAACACGUUUGCGAAGGAGGAAUCGGACCAGGAGGUCUCGAGCGACAGCGAAAGCGAAAAGGUGCAGCACAUGAGCUGCUCCUUUAUCGACACGAGCUCGCGGACGAAGAACGGCGACGCGUACGACAUGUCCAAGUCGUUCAAUGAGAAAAUGCUUCAGGAGCACUCCGUUAUAGAAGACGGCGUCGCUAGAAGGUGUCCGUCGCAGGACGACAUCGAUCGAAUAAGUAAGGUCACGUCGAACGCCCCCAUGAACAUUGAGGACGGUCGAGGGUCGUUGGGCAAGAAGACGAUUGAGUCGCUGAAGGAGAUUGAACGUAAUCGGCAGCUGCAUUUAGUACAACAAGGCUCUCAAGUAAUUGAAGAGGAGCGGCGUAGAGUAUUGGCGUUAAAGCAACGCGCGCAAGACGAGGUCAGAACGCAGUGGGCGCAAAGGCAGCAGGACUGUUCGUCUUUCACUUCCACCACGUCCGAUGAAGCACGUUACAGUACGAAUGGCGGCGACGAGGUGGACCAGAAGACGUCGAUUGGCGAAGUCGAGCAGCUUCCAGCAGAAGCCGAGGUACCGAAGUCGCCUCGUCCUCUUUCCGAAACGAGCGAUAUAAGCGCGGUAGAAGUCGGCGGGACCUUAGGAAAGCGGAGGGUGCGGCAGGGUCUGGACAAGACCCGCCCGUUGACCAGGUAUUUGCCGAUAUGCAGCUCGGAACUGGACCUGAGGCAGCACAUUGAGACCGCCGGUCACCAGGUCGUGCUCUGCCCCCACGUCACGAUCAACUCGACAAGCUGCCGAGGAUUUCUUCACAAGCGGGGUUCCAAGUUGAACGGUUGGUCGCGACGAUGGUUCGUCUUCGAUCGCAACAAACGCGCGCUCGUCUACUACGCCGACAAGAACGAGAAGAAGAUACGCGGCGGCGCCUACUUCCAGGCCAUCGAGGAGGUCUACCUGGACCACGCCAACUCAGUGAAAUCGCCCAACCCCCAGCUCACCUUCAUCAUCAAGACGCGCGAGCGUUACUACCACCUCAUGGCGCCCUCGCCGGAAGCGAUGCGAAUAUGGAUCGACGUCAUCUUCACCGGCGCCGAGGGCUAUCAGGAAUUUAAGCACGGUACUUGAAACGCGCACUCGAAUCGGAAACUUGGCGAAAUUGUUGUAUGCGGCCCGCGCGUCGGGAGAUUAACGCAUUUGUAUAUAGUUACCAAAAUUUUGAACAAAUUCGCACCUUAAAAAAGGGCAAAUUAGAAACGUAAGUGCCUUAAAAUUAUUCUAAAUAAUUUUAGAGAUUGUUGUGUUACUGAACCUAAUUUAAGACUGUUUAUACAAUUAUAAUAAUAAUGUAGUACCUCUUGUAAUUUUCUAAUAAAUUACUAUAGAAACAUA